AUGGGCUCUCCCAUUCAAUCUCCUAGCUCUGUCGGUGGCGAGUCUGAAUACCUAAGCACUCGCGAGGAUGCCACUCCGUUAGCCACCCCGCUUCCCAACGAGAACGAAUCUCGCGACCCUCCUCGCGCCGGACCUAGCCUCGCCCGACCGCAAACCUUCCCGCCAAGCGAGUCGACGAGUCUCCUGCAGAAUGUUCUCAUCGACAACCCGCCUACCAGCAGCUAUCCUCAUGGCACCUUUUCCCCACGACCUGCGAGCCCCGUUGGGAGCGAGAACCCGGAUUAUGACCGCGCCUCGUCUUCAGCGUCCGAGAUCCCCAUCCUCGACCCCAUGUUGACUGCGCUCACCGGCGACGACCAUUGGAGGAAGCGGUUUAUCAGGGGCAUCAAGAGCAAGAAGAUGCACACCUCGAGCACCCUGGCAGAGCAGGCCGGCUUCAAGGACAACCUUUGGAUGUACCUCUCCUACUACAUUCCCCUCUUGACCUGGCUGCCCCAAUACAAAUGGUCUUACCUGAAGGGAGACCUUGUCGCAGCUCUGACUCUUGCAUCCCUCUACCUGCCAAUGGCCCUUUCGCUUGCCGACAACCUGGCGCACGUUCCUCCGAUCAACGGGCUGUAUGCCUUCGUCUUCAACCCGUUCAUUUAUGCCAUUUUCGGCAGCGCGCCGCAGAUGGUUGUCGGUCCAGAAGCUGCCGGGUCUCUGUUGGUCGGGUCUGUGGUCAGAGGCAGCAUCGAUCAUGACAUGGACGACGAGUACAAUGCCGAGGUGCAGGCCAAAAUCUGCGGAGUCGUAGCAGGCAUGGCCGGUGCUACGGUCUUCAUCGCUGGCCUGGCUCGAUUGGGCUUUCUCGAUAGCGUUCUCAGCAAACCUUUCUUGCGAGGCUUUAUCUCUGCCAUUGGUUUUGUUAUCGCUGUCGACCAGUCAAUCCCCGAGCUCGGCCUUGCCAAGUACGCGGCGGAAAUGGGCGUGGGCCACGGGAGCAGUAUGGACAAGCUGGAGUUCAUCUUCAGCUCCUUCGACCAUGUUCACAAGCUCACUUUCAUUGUUGCCGGGGUCAGCUUUGUAAUCAUGAUGACAAUGAGAGAACUCAAGAAACACCUGCAACCCAAGUAUCCAGGAGUUGCUUACAUUCCCGAUCGCUUCUUUGUCGUUGUCAUUGCCGCGAUCCUAUCUUGGCAAUUCGACUGGGAAAGCAAGGGUGUUGAGAUCCUCGGUCCAGUCAAAGCGGCUUCAGGACAUCUGUUCACUUUCCGCUGGCCGUUCCAGACCUCUCACAUGCCGCAUAUUCGCGAGGCCAUGGGCACGUCCUUCUUGAUUGCGCUUCUCGGCUUCUUUGAAUCGUCUGUCGCAGCCAAGAGCCUGAGCAGCUCUGAUAGUGUGCAAGGGAUCCAGCUCAGCCCCAACAGGGAGCUCGUGGCACUGGGCGCUGCCAACAUUGUUGGCGCCUGCUUCAUGAGUUUACCUGCCUUUGGCGGUUAUGGAAGAAGCAAGUUGAACAAGCAGACCGGUGGCAAGACACCAAUGAGCUCCAUCUUUCUCAGUCUGAUUACGCUGUUCGCUGUGUUUUUCUUGCUGCCAUACUUUUUCUACCUUCCGAAACCGGUUCUGUCAUCGAUGAUCACGGUUGUAGCCUGGUCGUUGCUCGAGGAGGCUCCUCAUGACAUUGCAUUCUUCUUCAAAAUCCGAGGCUGGACCGAACUUGGCCUGAUGGUCAUUAUCUUUGUCUCGACCAUCUUCUACUCACUAACCCUCGGCAUGGCCAUUGGCGUCGGUCUGUCUCUACUACAAGUUAUCAAGCACUCGACUCGUCCCCGCAUCCAGAUUCUGGGCCGCAUCCCCGGCACGCACCGCUUCGAGAACGCUGAGCUGAACCCUGACAGGCUGGAGUUUGUAGAGGGCUGCCUCAUUGUCAAGAUCCCAGAGCCCUUGACCUUUGCCAACACCGGCGAGCUGAAGGCGCGUCUUCGGCGACUGGAGCUUUACGGCACGAGCAUGGCCCAUCCCGCGCUGCCAAGAUUGCGGGGUGACCAUCAUAACAAGAAUGUCAUCUUCGACAUCCACGGUGUCACUUCCCUGGACGGAUCCGGCACGCAGGUGCUGCUGGAGAUUGUGAGCGGAUAUAGGGAGCGCGGCGUCAGAGUGUUCUUCAGCCGCGGCCCCACCAACCCGCGCCAUCACAUCUGGAGACUCAUGAGACAGGCGGGCAUCAUCGACCUGGUCGGUGGAGAGUCGCACUUCGUCUCGGACGUUCAAGAGGCGUUGAAGUUGACCGAGUACGAGAACAGUGUCAGCGAAGUAGCGAAUGCUUGA